AUGCCAUGGGGCAUCAAAAGGCCGGGAGAUAUCAUCUCGAGGCCGCUCCCGCCUCGGGUGGCCAACUCUCCAGAUCCGUUCGACACCAACAAUGUUGAAUAUUGGGAGGAACCCGAAAUUCCACCAAGGUCGAUGACGAGCUCAUCGUUGUCGACCAGCCACAGGCCGAUUAAGCAUGGGAGGGGGAAACACGCUCGUGUUGAGCUUGUGCCGCAACCCAGCGAUGACCCAGACGAUCCUUUGAAUUGGCCAAGAUGGCGGAAAGAUCUGAACUUGGCUUCACUUCUCAUCAUGGUUGGCCUCAUUGGGGGGAUGAAGACGGUAUUCAUCACAACUGCCGGUUCUUUGUCGAUUCACUAUCGAGUCUCUCACAUGGCAAUCGGCGUCUUGACGGCUGGUCCCCUUUUGGUUUCGACUUUGACAAGCCUAGUUGGCUCCGUUGCUGCGAAGCUAUAUGGAAAACGGCCAGUAUACUUGGGAUCAACGUUGUUUCUAUUUGUUGGAACCAUUUGGAACAUGACUGCCGGUGAUGACUAUGGUUCAUGCCUCGGAGCUCGGCUUGUUCAAGGCAUUGGAUGGGGCGCAUUUGAGACGCUGGUCAUGGGUUCCAUUCAGGACACUUACUUUGAGCAUGAACGAAAUCUGCCAGUGACCAUAUACAACCUUUUAACCAUUACUACAACAUGGGGCUCGCCUCUGCUUGGCGGGCUGGCAUCCAGGAAUGCGAGCAGUUUUACAAGCCAGUUUCGCAUCAUCAAUUGUUUCUACAUCUUGGCUCUCCCACUUCUCGCCUUCGGAGCUCCGGAAACAGUGUUUGACCGCUCAAGGGCGGCUACAACCCCUCUCCCCAUACCCGGUCUGAUCGCAUGGCGGCCCUGGCGGCUUCGCCAUCGGCUGAACAAGGAGACUGCCCUGGAACACAUGAAAAAGAUGAAGCCGUUUUCAUUCAAAGCUCCAGUGACAAUGCCCACUCUUCUUCAGGUACCUCGCGCCAUGAUCGCCCCGACCACCUGUCUCCUGUCCGUCUUGACAUGUAUCCCCUACGGAGUGCUUUGGGGUCUGACGUCUUCCGUCUCUAUCUUGACUACACCUGAACCUAUCUCACUAGACGCUGCCCGCACAGGACUCAUGAUGGCUGGUCCAUGGAUCAUUGCGUCACUUAUCGUGGGGGGCUUCUGCUUCUACCGUGGUUUAUAUGAACGCUUCACAAAGAGCGUCAGCUACGUCAUCAUCAGCACUGGAGUCAUCCUGAGCCUGACGGGUGUGCUCUCCUACGGCCUUGGAAUCUACAAUUUCAUGGCGCCCGAUCCCUCGUCCUACAGCCCGUUCUUCACUUCAAGCACUGCCGGUCAGAUCAGCCUGCCCCUGUUAUCGCUACAGCUAGGCAUCCUUGCCGGCGGCACAUACACCCUCGACACAAUCACUAGACCCUUGCUCGCACGCUCCGCAUCAUUCACUUCAUCCAGCAUCGGCGUUGCUCAACGCAGCAUCGGUGAUAUGCAUUCCGGCGUCAUUAUACUGCGAAACCUCGCUGCCGGCAUCUUUGUUCUCACGGUUCCCAGCGCAUUCACCUUCUACGGUGGCCUCAAAGCGGCCGUAAUCGGCCUGAGUAUUACACAAGUAGUACUCACGGGAUUCUCCAUGGCGCUAUGGUGGUUCUUUGACGAAACCAUUUGGAGGGCUGACGGCAUGGUUAUGGGACUCGUUGACCUGAAGCUUCUGAAGCAAUCAUUAAGCUGCUUCGACAUUGAUUGA